AAGCCCCCGCAGACCGCGGCACGCACGCCGGCGCACGAGUCGACGGCCGAGACGAAAAGCCAGAAGCCGCACCACGCGGCGGCGUCUCCGGGCCAGGCCACCCCACCCCCACCCAAAAAAAACCCAAUGCAGCGCGUGCCGUCGCCCAAUGGUGCCCCCCGCGCGCCGCCGCUAGGUGAGGGUCUCUUCUGGUUGCACGCACGCCCGCGGGGGUCAGGUGGUGGUGGGUGGCCGCCCAUGGCGUCGCGGCACCAGAGGGCUUUCCCGCCGCGCCCGUGCGCGGGGAAGGAGGCGGCCAAGGAGAGCGUCGCCGUCGCCGUCCGCUUCCGGCCCCUCAGCCCGUGGGAGGUUCGGCGAGGGGAGCAGAUCGCGUGGUACGCGGACGGCGUGACCAUCGUGCGGAGCGAGCAGAAUUCCAGCAUCGCGUAUGCCUAUGAUCGAGUCUUUGGACCAACAACAACAACAUGCCAUAUAUAUGAUGUUAUGGCUCAAUAUGUUGUUAGUGGUGCCAUGGAGGGAAUAAAUGGUACAAUAUUUGCAUAUGGGGUUACAAGCAGUGGAAAGACACAUACAAUGCAUGGUGAUCAAAGAUCCCCAGGGGUAAUACCUUUGGCUGUGAAGGACAUUUUUAAUAUAAUACAAGAGACCCCAAACCGAGAGUUCCUCCUCCGCGUAUCAUACUUGGAAAUAUAUAAUGAGGUUGUCAAUGAUCUACUAAAUCCUGCAGGGCAGAACUUACGGAUAAGAGAGGAUAUUCAGGGAACAUUUGUUGAGGGGAUAAAGGAAGAAGUAGUGUUAUCUCCUGUACAUGUUUUGUCCCUUAUUGCAGCUGGAGAAGAGCAUAGACAUGUUGGAUCCACUAACUCCAAUCUUCUAAGUAGCAGAAGCCAUACAAUUUUCACACUGACAAUAGAGAGUAGCUCCAGUGGUCAAUCCAACGAAGGGGAACCAGUUACCUUCUCUCAGCUGAACCUCAUCGAUCUGGCAGGUUCUGAGAGUUCAAGGGUUGAAACUACAGGAGUACGCCAGAAAGAAGGAUCUUAUAUCAAUAAAAGCCUGCUGACUCUUGGAACGGUGAUAUCAAAACUGACUGAUGAGAAAGCUACUCAUAUUCCAUUUCGAGAUUCAAAAUUGACGCGCUUACUAAAGUCAUCCUUGAGUGGUCAAGGACGUGUUUCUCUAAUUUGUACAGUUACUCCCACAUCAAGCAAUUCUGAAGAGACACAUAAUACAUUAAAAUUUGCCCACCGUGCAAAGCACAUUGAGAUCCAAGCAACACAAAAUAAGAUUACGGAUGCAAGAUCUUUAAUCAAGAAAUACCAAAAUGAAAUUCGUCGAUUAAAGGAAGAACUUGAACAGUUGAGAAGGAGUAUUCUUACUGGAUCCCCUUCAGAAUAUACCAUGCAAAAAGACAUGAUUUGUUGCAAACAAAAGCUAGAAGAUGAUGUCAAGCUUCAAUCUAGACUGGAACAAGAAGAAGAAGAAGAUGCUAAAGUUGUUUUUCUUGAGAGAAUAGAACGUCUAACAAAACUAAUUCUGGUUUCCACAAAGGCAUGUCAGACUACUGAAUCAUCUCAGCAUCGUGGCCCAAGGCGAAGACAUUCUUUUGGUGAAGAGCUUGCAUAUCUCCCAUAUGAAAGGAGAGACAUCGUACUGCAUAAUGAAAACAAUACGUUGUUUGUUCCUCCUGAAGAAUUUGGUGAAACAUUUAAAAGCUCCCCCAAGGAGGAGACGAAAAUUCAGAAAGGGCUCCUUAGGCUGAAACUACGGAAGUGUGAUACUGGUUCUACUAAUCUGACAAGUUCCGGUGGUGAAAAUCCUAGUUUGAUCAAAUCAUUAACUUCCCCUUCCACAUCUCCUGGCAUUGGAGUUUUUAAUGCCCCAUCAGAACAAAGGACGUUGGAUUAUAUGCUUGAUGAGAAUGUACCAGCUAAUCUGCUAUGUGUUGGCCAUGGAGAAUUUCCUUCUGACAUCCAUCCUGUCUGUGAAACACCUAUGGUCACUACAAAAUCAGAUCAUGUUGAUAUACUGAGGGAACAAUUCAAUAUUUUAUCAGGGGAGGUUGCAGUCCAUCAAAAUGUUCUGAAACGGCUAUCAGAGGAAGCUGGGAAAAGCGCAACAAAUGAACAGAUUGAAAUGGAAAUGAAGGUGGUCAAUGAUGAGAUUAAGCUCAAUAAGCAGCAAAUCGCAUCUUUAGAAAGGCGGAUUUCUCAUUCAAUAUCAGAUAGUCGAGGCAAGCAUGACAAUUUAGAACUCCCAAUGCCUUACAUUGAGAUACCUGAGCAACUCAAUGAGAAAGCAUUCAAACUUAAGAUAAAAACAGCAGAUAACAGAAUAAUGAAAGACCAACUUGAGCAAAAGGCAAGUGAAUGCCAGGAAUUUCAAGUAGCAAUUGCUGACUUGAAAGGACAGCCUUCCCAUGCUAGUGAAGCUAAUGUUCCGUUGUCAGAAAGAAUCACAUUUCAGCAAAACACAGACAUUGCCCAUGAAUCUGGAUCACAAGCUCACAAAAGAAAGCCAUUGCCCAGAGACGUAGCUGAUGAAUUUCUGGGAAAGACAUUACAGGAAGAGAUUGAAGAACUGAAGCAGAGGGUAUCUGAACUCAAUGAAGCCAAAGCUCAACUAGAUUCUCGUAACCAGAAGCUUCUAGAGGAAAGCACGCAUUCCAAAGACCUUGCCUUGGCUACUGGUGUUGAGCUGAAGUCACUAUCUGUGAAAGUGACCAAGCUCAUGAAGCAGAACGAGAGGCUUACCAGCGAGCUGUCACCUGGAAGACACUCAGCUCAAAGAAGAGUAACCCAUGGUUCGAGGGGUGCUAGGAGGGAAGGCCACAUUAAACGGUAUGAACCAGCUAAGAAAGGAGACAUGGAUGCAUGCUCCGGAAGGGAACAACGAGCUCUGGAGGCCGUGCUGAUGGAGAAGGAUCAAAGGCAAGCUGAACUUCAUGCGAAGAUUGAGGAGUCGAGGCAGAAGGAAGCCUUCCUGGAGGGGGAGCUUGCCAAUAUGUGCGCUGUACUGGCAAACUUGAAGAAAUCUGCGAGAAUGGACCAAGAGGAUUUCGAUGCCAAAUAUAAUGGAUCAUGGGCCUGAAGCCCUGCAGUGGAUCAUGGUAGAAAACAAAUCGUCUGCUCUCCAGCAAUAUGCUUUGCCUUGCAGGGGGAGAUACUGAGAAUUCUGUAUAUAUAAGCAGCUAUACCUGGGUUCUGCUCUAGUCCCUGAAGUUUGCUGUUUGUAUAUAUAUAUGUAUGUAAGCAGUGUAAACUAUUUGAUUUGACCGUUCAUAUUGUAUUUUGAUUUCAGUCUCUCACUAGGUUGCAUGAGCUUGAUAUAAUACAAUACGAUCUGGGCUUUUUGGAAAAAUGCCACACUACACACGUGACACGAAGUAUAACACGUUUUU